AUGAGUGAUGAAAUGUCUGAAGUGGAAAUCGAUUAUAUGUCACGUGUUCCUUAUGCUAGUGAUGUAGGAAGUUUGAUGUAUGCUAUGGUUUGUACAAGACCAGAUCUUGCACACGCAGUCAGUGUUGUGAGUAGGUUCAUGGUUCAGCCGCGAAAGGACCACUGGAUCGCUGUGAAGAGGAUUUUUCGGUACCUUAAGGGUACAUCUGAUAUUGGUCUUGUCUAUGGAGACAAGGAUCCGAGACUGGUUACUGGGUAUUUUGAUUCGGAUCAUGCAGGAGAUGUGGACAGCAUGAGAUCUAUGACUGGUUACGUAUUUACUUUGGGUGGUUCUGUUGUGAGCUGGAAGGCGACUUUGCAGUCGACAGUGACUUUGUCUACAACUGAGGCAGAGUAUAUGGCAUUGACAGAAGCUGCUAAGGAGGCAAUAUGGUUGAGAGGAUUGGUCAAUGAUCUUGGUCUUCAUCAUGAUCAGGCUACUGUGUUUUGUGAUAGCUUAAGUGCUAUCUGCUUAGCCAAGGAUCAGGUUCGUCAUGAGAGAACCAAGCAUAUCGAUGUAAGAUACCAUUUUCUGAGAGAUGAGAAGAGGAUUGAAGUGAAGAAGGUAGGAACGACUGAUAAUCUUGCGGAUAUGUUCACUAAGCCGGUUCCUCAUAGCAAGUUCAAGCAUUGUCUUGAUUUGCUAAACAUCUCAAGCUGUUAA